AUUUUUUUUGUGACUUCAUUUCACUUGAUCAUCAGUUCUCUCUCUGUCUCUCUAUUCGAAGCCCUAGCGGCAGCUCGUCUUAGUUCAUCUUCCGACUUCGUCUUCAGCACUUCCUCAGCAUCUUCGUCUCUUCGAUUCUUCCACAGAGUUCAGCCAACGCUGGCAGCUUUGUCUUCCACCCACCAUCCCUUCCGGCUUCUCUCUCUACAUCGAAGUUUCGAACAAAUGCUAUCUAUUGGGUAAUUGCUAUAAUCUCCUUCUUUGUUGCUCGAGCUCGACGCCUCGACCUCUCUCUCCAGUCUCCAGACUCUCCACUAGUCCACUGAUCCACGGCACCACCAGGCACCAACGCCGGUCUACACUCUCAGUCUUAGUCUCCCGUGAGCCGAUCUGCCUCUGGCACUCUUCCCUCUCGAUUCUGGCUCGAUCUUUUCCUUCGUUCUGCUGCUUCAUAUAGAGCUGCUCCCGAUUGUUCUUCAGGCACCAACAGCUGUGGGAGACUCCUACUUAUUCGGUUGCCUCAGUGAUUACAGUCUUGGUCUUUGUGUGUCUUUUGGUGCAACGUUCCAUUUACAGAUUUGGAAGGAAAAAUUAAGGCUGAAUUGUAGUAUUGUACAGAAGCGAAGAUGAAUCCUGAUUCCGUCAAAUCGACUUUGUCCAAUUUAGCGUUCGGAAAUGUAUUGGCUGCUGCUGCUCGCGACUAUAAAAAGGAAUUGGUUGAUCAAGAGAAGACCCAAACAUCAAGUUCUACCAACCAUGAGGUUGACCUUGAUGAGUUGAUGGAUGAUCCUGAACUAGAAAAAUUGCAUGCGGACAGAAUAGCUGCUCUUAAGAAAGAGGCUGAGAAGCGGCAAGAAUUCAAGAGGCAGGGACAUGGAGAAUAUAGGGAGGUAACUGAGGGAGAUUUUCUGGGUGAAGUCACUGGAAGUGAGAAAGUUGUUUGUCACUUCUACCAUAGGGAGUUCUACCGCUGCAAGAUAAUGGAUAAGCAUUUGAAGGCCCUUGCACCAAUACACCUUGAUACGAAGUUCAUCAAGUUGGAUGCAGAGAAUGCACCCUUCUUCAUUGCAAAACUUGGAAUCAAAACUUUGCCUUGUGUCAUAUUGUUCAGAAAAGGGAUUGCCACAGAUAGAUUGAUCGGAUUUCAAGAUCUUGGAGGAAAAGAUGAUUUCACCACAAAGAAGCUUGAGGUUCUACUACUAAAGAAAGGUAUAAUUGCUGGGAGGAAAGGCGAUGAAGACGAUGAUGUAGAAGGUUAUAAUGAAGACAAAAGCAGAACAGUGAGAUCCUCAGUGGAUCCUGACUCUGAUUCUGAAUGAAACUGGAUGCAACAUUGGCUGCCAACUUGAAAUGUCAUUUGCCUGUAUUAUGAGUUUCAUUUGCCUGUAUUAUGAGAGGUGAUCUCUUUACUCAGACUCUCUAAUCUUGGCUAUAAUCAGUCAUUCCUCCUAAACCAAGUAAAGUCUUGAACUUUUUUUUUAAUUUUUUUUUUAUCUAUUUUACAAUGUAUUAUCAUGGUGGGGAAAUAUUAUUGCCCCUCUCAAUCGUUCCCUCCCUCUACUAAGGCCUGAUUCUGACUUUUUUUCAUGGCUCAUGUAAAGGAAUAUGAAUUGAGGAUCUGGUUCAGGUUAUAACUUUGCUCAGUUAAACCUUGAACAAGCUGUGUGUUUGAGGAUU